UGAUGACGUCUGACACCUCUAGUUUCUCAAAGAUUUUCCAGUUAGCGCGACUGGCCGACGGUAAAGAUGGCGACGGAGUUCAUAGUGUGUACUAAUGCUCGGAGAAGAUGACGACGAUAGGAUUAGUAACUUUCAAGUCACGGUGUUGACAGCGCUCCCUUCAAACACCUUUUGAAAAAGACUCGCUAACUUUUUGACUUUGGUGGUAGUUGACCAAACCUGACAGACACAACCGGUCGUGGACACAUCGUCGGUUUAACCAUGGAGGAUAUUAACUCAAACAUAAACGCGGACUUGGAGGUGCGGAAGCUUCAAGACUUGGUGAAGAAACUCGAGCAGCAGAAUGAGCAGCUCAGGAGCCGAUCCAGUCUGCUCUCCUCCAAUUCUUCCGGCGGGAACACAAGACCCAUGAGCGCCGGGUACGAGUCUCCGGGUGCGGCGGCGGGGCUCGCCGGGUUCACUGGGGUGGGGUUCGGCGGAUCGAGGGGUUUUACCGGUGCUUUGGAGAACUCACGGAUGAGCCCGAGACGAUCAUAUCACGGCGGUACUUAUGGUGGGGGUUAUGACAGUGACAUUGGUUCUUGUACCACCUCUAAAACGAGCCUCUCGUCAUAUUACAAUGAUUCGUUGGAUUUUAUCGAGGACGGGGAAACUUCAGUACUUGAUGAGGUGGAGAUUCUCGAUCUGGAAGACAUGGAUUGCCUCAAUGAGGAUGAAGACAGCUGGUUGUAUGAGGCGAAAUUGAACAGUCCUCUACAGAAAGCCUUGAGUCCCAUUGUGUGGUGCAGACAAGCUCUGGAUAAUCCAAGUCCUGAUAUGGAGUCUGCUAAACGCUCUCUUCUACACAGACUUGACCUUACGAUGUCAGAAAAUAAGCGGAGGAGUCUGUACAACAGCUCCUACAGUCCUCAAGUGAACUACGGAAGCCCGUACAGCACAAACGCAGCAAACAGUCCAUACAGCAGUGGCUUCAACUCCCCAUUCUCCACGCCAUCUAGAGUUCCCAUUGUCAAGCAGUUAGUUUUGCCCGGCAGCGCAGGUCACCAGCGUGGAUCGACGGAAAGAAAUACACAGGCGGUAAGCCCACAAUCCUCAAUAGACAGUGAGUUAAGCACAUCAGAGAUGGACGAAGACUCUGUCGGUUCAUCGACCACAUACAAACUCAAUGACGUCACAGACGUGCAGAUACUCGCCCGCAUGCAGGAAGAGAGUUUAAGGCAAGAAUACGCUGCAACGGCUUCUCGACGUAGCUCCGGUUCAUCGUGUCAGUCGUUACGACGCGGAACUCUGAGCGACCAAGAGCUGGACGCACAGAGCCUGGAUGACGACGAGGAGGCCGUCCACCACUCCUACCACACGCCCAUCAACCGCUUCAGCCCCUCCCCUCGACACUCCCCCCGCGCCUCUCCCAGAAACUCGCCCCGUUCCCGCUCGCCCGCCCGCUCGUUAGAGUACAGCCGUGCCUCUCCUCAACCAAUCAUGAGUCGCCUUCAACAGCCUCGACACUCUCUGCAGGGCCACGACACCCAGACCAACGCACUUAAGAAUGAAGAAAAAUUGAGGCGUAGUCUCCCGAACCUCACGCGAUCCGGCUCCGGACCGACUGCGGAGCCGGUCAAAAACAGCAGGAGCUGUGAGUCAAAUCUGCAAGUGCCAAACGGAGGAUCACCCAGACAUCAGAGUCAGUCUGCCAGUGAGUGUACAAACACACACACCAGUCAGUUCAUCACAUCGCACCAAAGGCUCUCCGCGCCUGCCCGCUCGUCUCCGAAACCAAAAGAGAGACUCCAGAGCCCGACGUCUCUACGAGUUCCUCUCUCGUGUUGCUUUGGAGAGGAAGCAGAUUUCAUGCCCUCUUCCAGUAAGUUAAGGACUCCUGCUGCCCCGUCUCCUCUGGCCCUACGGCAGCCUAUGAAGGUCAUGUCUAAUCAUGGUUCAGGCACAGCCACGCCCACGCGCUCUAUAGCCCCACCCCGCAGCGGUCUGCCACGCCCCAGUGCUGGUGGGGGUUUACCAGUUCCACGGAGCAAACUGGUCCAGCCUGUGCGCAGGUAAUGAUAAUGUCUCUGCCAGCUCCAAGGACAUACGGUGGUAUCAGAGACGAGAGCUGGAGAGAGGGCUGCUACUGAGCAUGCCCAGAACCAGCAGCACAAACAGUAGUACAACCUGGCACUUUAUGAAGAUACAACGCAAAUAAAAGACUCAUUCUUCCAAACAGAUUAUAAUGACUUGAUGUGGAAGGCAGACUGGACAUCACAGGACGCCAAAGAAUCAGACUGGGAUUUGGCCACUUGGGGGCGCCCUCACCUAGCAAACAGAAUACACAGUCACGCUUGCAAAUCCCCAACCCAACACACAAGAGAUGAGCCGAAAAGCUUAUUUUCUCUUGUUAGUUAAAUUCUUUGGCUGCUGAAAUUCACAUGGGAAAGGUCUGUAUGGUGAUACAGAGUCAAUGCCGUGAGAGUUGCAUUUAGUCCGAAUGUCUUUCAUAUCUAUGUGGUCUGUUAUUUAUUUGAAACCAUUAUUUAACAUAUUUCUUUCAAAGAAUAUCCAAACAGUAUUUGUUUUUUAUGAAUAUAAAUAUAUAUAUCGAUCUAAUGCCUAAUUAUUAUUUUCUCUGCUUUUUUUCUUUCUGAAUGUCAACCUCAACUGCAAAGCUACGUUUCCAAAGCAUUUUAUGUCUGAACAAUAUUGGAAGCAUAUAAGAGUUUGUGAACAAUUGUGCAAGCACAAAUCAACCUUUUUCUGAUUUUGAAAGAAAUCGGUCAUGAGACAUGUCCCGAUAUGUAUUUGUAUUUCCUAAAUGGAAAUUGAGUGAUUCACUGAAUAUAAAAGUCUGAGACUAAUUUAAUUGGGUACACUGUUGUUUCGUCAAACUUGUUGAUCGGUAAUUCAUCAGUCCCAGUGUUAAUGUCUCAGUUGCAGGGGUCGUAAAAAGAUUUGUGCGGGUGAAGUGUAGUGGUUUUGUGCUGUUAAUUUAGGAAAAUUCCUGGUCAUGUCAUUUGUUGUCAUACAAUGAGUGUAACCGAUAGAUGGCCAAGAAAUGAAAUGGCGCUUACCAGUGUAUGAUAAACAUACGGUGAUGACAUCAUGCUGCACACUAUCGAGACCGCGCAAGUUUGUUUUUCAAUGAGUGCCUAUAAUUUAUAAUUCUGUAAUUGCUUCAGAUUUAAUUUUUUUUUGGUUUGUGCCCAUUGCGUUUUUUGCCAAUAUUAUUUACUUCAGGGUUUUUUUGCAUUUAUUGCUCAGUUUUUGUAAUUGCUUUGAUAAAGUUUAUAUUUGUUUUUGUAACAACCUUAUGUCAUAAAAGCCCCUUGAUAUUUAUGACUGAAUACUAUGCUAUGAUAAGAGGCUUAUUUAUAAAAUGAUGAGAUGCCUUUGUGUGGUGAGAUAUAGCGUUAGACGAAUGCUUGAGCCUAGUAUGGUCAUGAAUACAUGACAUGCCAUUUUGUGGGUUGUUUUUUGGUAAAACCUUUUAUAUCUUCACAAACAUAAUGCUCUGUUUCCCCUGUGUUAAAUCAUUUCAAAUAAAAUGGAAAAAAUGCU